GGUAUACGAUUUCUAUGUGCUUAUUAUAAUUUUUAAGGUUGAAUUCUAUGUAAAAAGCCACAAACAAUGAGAUUCAGAUUCUGUGGAGAUCUGGAUUGUCCAGAUUGGGUAUUGGCUGAGAUAAACAUUUUAGCGAGAUUGACAUCAGUAAAAAUGAAGUUGCUUGUUAUGCAAGUUAUCAAAGCAAUUCUUGGAGAUGAGAUUGAUCUCAAAAAGGUUGAAAAAAUUACAUCUGAUGCUAAAUAUGAGCCAGGUGAUGUGAAAGCAAGCAUAGCUGGAAUUCGUUAUAUAAUAUCCAGUGCUGCAAAACAUGAUGUUGAUGAAGAAACUCUAUCAAGUGAAUUGCAACAACUUGGAUUACCAAAAGAACAUACAGCUGCUCUUUGUAAAACAUAUGAUGGUAAAUUGUCACAAUUACAAGAGGAAUUCAGAAAACAAAGCUUACGGCGAUCUGGGCGAUUGGAAAAUGUAGCAUGGAAAAUAGAGGAAGUGAAAAAUGAUAAAUCUGGCGAAAUUGAGAAGCAUGCUGUGAUUAAUCUGCAAUUGAAAUCUUCUGAUGCAGUACUGGAGAAGAAAUCAUUUCGAAUUGGUGCUGAUAAGUUGAGAAUUUUUUUACAUGAACUGAAAACUGCUCAAGGUUUGAUGAAAGAAUUGAACUGAAAGAAGAGUGUGAAGCAUUGGAUAUCAAGUUAUUACCAGUUUUUGAUUAAACAUAUGUUGGUAUUUGUUUGUGCUUCUUUCAACAUUAUUUAACAAAUAAACAAGUGCAAUAAAUUUUCAUUUUCCUCUA